UGUCCUAGUGUACUCGUUCGUACAUGAGGAUGAGCGAAUUCCCCCACUUUAUGUUCCUCAUCGUCUCCAUACAAAGGACAAGAACCGAGUACGACAAUCUUGAUUACUCAAGACAUCAAUACUGAUUUCAUUAUUAAUAACGACUACUCUCCCGGGGGCUUCGGGGGCUUCACGACUUCCGCAUCCCACAACCACACAAAAACCCAUAAGCGAAGAAGAACUAAUUACCUCACAUGAGCGAACCCAUCCAACAAGGUACGAGUACAAGUAGCAGCACAUCCGGUGCUCGUCUUCAUCAACACGUUCACCAUCUCAACCCCGAUCCGCAACACAGAAGGAUCGACACCGACACCAUGUCGCGCCCCGAUAUAACACUGUACACCGACUCCACACCCAACGGGAUCAAGAUCUCCAUCGCCCUCGAGGAGCUCGGCAUCCCUUACAAGACCGAACACAUCAACAUCUCGACCAACCGACAAAAGGAGCCCUGGUUUCUCGAAAUCAACCCCAACGGCCGGAUCACCGCACUGACGGAUACAUUCACCGAUGGCCAAAAGAUUCGCCUGUUCGAAGGGGGUAGCAUCCUCACCUACCUGGCCGAGCAGUAUGAUACCGAGCACAAGAUCAGUUUCCCCAAGGGUAGCCGCGAGCAGUACGAGAUGAACAAUUGGCUGUUCUGGCAGAACGCCGGCCUGGGCCCGAUGCAGGGUCAAGCGAACCACUUUGUACGCUAUGCGCCGCAGAAGAUCGAGUACGGCAUGACCAGAUAUGUCAACGAGACGAGGCGACUGUACGGCGUGCUGGACAAGCAUCUGCAGUCCUCAAAGUCCGGGUUCAUCGUGGGCGAUCACAUCUCGAUCGCGGACAUCACCACGAUCGGAUGGGUCAUCUGGGCCGCUUGGGCCGGCGUGGACAUCGACGAGUUCCCAACGCUGAAGAAGUGGGAGGAGAUGAUGAGCCAGAGACCCGGUGUCAAGAAAGGUUGCGACGUGCCCAAGCCUUUGAACAUCAAGGAGAGAAUGAAGGAUAAGAAGGCGCUCGAGGAGUAUGCCCAGAUGGCGAGCAAGUGGAUCGUACAAGGGAUGGAGGCCGACAAGAAGAAGCAUGGACAGUAACAAGCAGCGAUCGAAAGACUUGGAGAGGAGCAGCCGACUCAGCUAGGCGUAGCAGCAAGUCGUGAGAACCAAAUUGCACAACGUUUUCACUGGUGGUUUCUGUAGGGGUUUGGUGAGCAAUUCGAAGAGCGUUUCUUAUCCCAGCGAAUAUCAACCUCGCAGGCAGACACCACUUGCUGGGCGAGUCAUCGUAUUGGCCAUCCGCAUGCUUCAUUAUUUUUGCUCGAGCCUGAUGCGGUAGAUACUGUCUUGAAAUCGGAAUUCUACAGCUUUGUUGGUUUCUUCUCUUGCAUAAUCGAAGCUCCAAACUUCCCGGCUGGAUAU